AUGGAAGUGCCCACUUCAUCGGCCAACUUGACACAUUUCACGACAAACUGUAGAAUUUGUCUGAAAGACGGUCACGGACAGCACUUUGGAUUGGAGACUUGUCGAGCGUGUGCCGCGUUUUUUCGGUGAGCAAUUGUAGGGCCAAUAUGUAGGCGAACGUGUUUGUAUUUCAGCCGAACAGUCGUCUUGAAUCGAAAGUACAAGUGUAGCAAAAGGACGGGAAAGUGUGAAAUCGGGACGGCCGACGAAAAGCUUCUCUGUAAAUUUUGCCGCUUCAAAAAGUGUCUCGAUCUUGGAAUGACGACGGAAAGUGAGUUUUUUCUGAAAAACCGCCAGACACGAAAACAAUUGUUUCUUUUACAGACGUGCGAACAGAUCAAGUGAUAAAAAACGAAGAAGAAGUGGUUCCGAUCACGUCGCCAGCUUCUUCUUCUUCUUCUUCUUCUUCCUCUUUGUCAAUAUCAACUCCAGAAUUGGCUGGAGGAGUCGAUCGGGUCGAAUACAGUAUUAUCCAUCCGAAGACGAGAGCGCCCGCCAUGCUCAUCGACGUCAACGCGAUCAUAAAAAGGAGUCGCGCUAUUUUGGAGACUGUAAGUCGAUAGACAUGUUACUCUCCACAUGGUGCAUCGUCCAGCUCUUUUUUUUGGUAUUGUGCCCAACAUUUGAGAUGUUCUGACUUUUCCCACAUGGUGCAUCGUCCAAAACUUUCACACUUUUCAGUAUUUUCUGGAAGACGAAGACGCGAUCGGCCACCUGAACCCUCUGCAGAGAAUGGUGCAUUCGCUGCAGAAGAUCCGCUCGAAACAGAACUGGAAUCCCGAGUUUUUUGUGAACAUCAAAUUCUACGACAUGUUCGCAAUGUGGGAGAAACAAAUGCUGGACACGGCCGAAUGGCUGAUGCAUUCCAACGAAUUCCGACAGUUGCCACCUCACGAGAGGGUUCGUGUUUUCCACAAAAAUGCCCCCCUGAAACAACUGUUUUAGGUGGCAAUAUUCAAAAUAGUCUGGGCGGUGUGGCGACGAUUCGAGCGCUACACAAUGACGGCCGAGAUUUUCGGACAAAAGUGUUAUGAUGAGAAGGUGAGCGACUGUUUCAAGUCGAAAAUCAUGUCUUAGGACAGUUUGGCACAAAGUUGCGCUCUGGAACAUGCACCAUAGCAAGUUUAGCUCAAAAACAUGUUUCCUGCCCUAUUUCCGCGUCAAAUUCCCAUUUUUUCCGAUUCUGCUUCACUCGCACGAAUGCGCGGCUCGUUUCGGCGACUAUUUCAUCGACUACUCCAACGUUUCCGAUCACGGUUUCGAGCGUUUCAACAAGUACGUCCAUCGCAGACGAUGCACCAUAUUUUCCAUCGUCUUUUUGCAGCGUAUUCGGCGGAAAAAUGAUCCAGUACUACGAUAUAAUUGUGAAACCGUUUCUCGAGAUGCGAUUAUCGAUUACCGAAGUCACCUACGUGCUCUGCCAAAUUGUGUGGAAUUACGCGGGACGACGUCUUCAGGGACAGACCCAGACGGCCGGCGAGCAAUUUUUGGAGCAGAUUUCCGAUAAUCUUCACGAAUACUAUGAAACUCGGCCGGAAUCUCAGAACUAUGCGUCGCGCCUAACCAAAAUGAUGCAGAUGGUCAAUCAGAUGCUGGUCAGUGCGUUUUCUGCAAUUCCCCGACGAUUUUGAGCGUUUUAAACUUGUAAAUUCUCGAAAAUCUCAUGAAAAAUUAGUGCGAGUGCACCGGAAUUGACGACAAAUUGCAGAAUGUGCAGCUGAAACGUGAGGCGACAAUGGACAUGGCAAUGCUGUUCGAUAUGUUCAAUAUUGUGCUCACCGAGCCCGAAUUCUUUCGAGUUUGA